UGAGUGGUAUUCUAAUCGUAAAAACUCAUGUAUAAAAACUCCACCACCAGAUGUAAUUGAACAUCCUAAAGCCCACAAACACUCUCUUGUCCGCCUGCCAAACACAUAUCAUAGAUGUGACUUUUGUGAAAAAUCAAAUUAUAGAUAUCUGUACAAAUGUUCCCAGUGUCAAAUGACAUUCCACUUUGAAUGUUCUAACUUUCCUCUAGAGAUAACUCAUCCUUUUCACCCUAAACACCCUCUUAAGUUCCUUACACCUGGAGAACAUAACUUCUCUGAUGGGGAAUGUGUUAUAUGCGGAAACCAGUCAUGGAAAAGAUUUUAUUAUUGUUCAAUCUGUAAAUUCAGUGUGGAUGGUUCUUGUGUAAAGAAUCCACCACCGCUUACAAUCAGGUUAUUUCCUAAAGCUCAUGACCAUCAAAUCAGUCUUAUGCCAAGGAUCAUCUCUUUUAAGUGUGAUGCUUGUGGGUUGCCUGGUGAUCGAAGUCCUUAUUCAUGCCAACAAUGCUAUUUCAUGAUCCAUCAAAGUUGUGUUGACUUACCAGAGAUCAUCAACGUUAAUCGUCAUGAGCAUCGACUUUCUAGGCGUCUUCAGCUAAGUCCCGGGAGUUGGAUAUGUGGAUUUUGUCACGAGAAAGUUGAUUGGUCAUAUGGGGCAUUUUCUUGCUCUAUUUGUCCUAAUUAUGCUAUCCAUUCUAAAUGUGCUAUACGAAAUGAUGUCUGGGACAAGUUAGAGCUAAAAGGUAUACCAGAGGAACGUCAAGAAAUCAAACCAUUUAAGGUGAUAGAUGUGAACCUAAUACAACAUUUUAGUCACGAGGAACAUUAUUUACAACUCAACGAAGGAAAAGUCACAUGUGGUGAAAACAUCCGUUGUGAAGCAUGUGUCUUACCUAUAAAUUAUCAAGCAUUCUACAGUUGUGUGCAAUGCGAUUUCAUUCUCCACAAAACAUGCGCUAAUCUUCCUAGGAAGAAACGACAUAUGUAUCAUGACAAGCCAUUAACUUUAAAGAGUGAUGGCAUGACGCUGUUUGAGUGUUCGGCAUGUUAUAACUG